GUGUCCCCAGUCAAGACACCCUCUGAUGCUGGCAUGAGCCCAAUGGGAUUCUGCACCAGAAGUGAGGAUGAGUACAGCCACAAGAGAGUCAGUGUCGGAACUUUUGCAGAUGGAAACGUUCAGCCGGCUCGAUACAAAAAGGAACUGAAGAGCGGUUUCAUGAAGACAGGAAGUGAAGCAGACUUCAGUUCUGCUAGCAGUACCGGCAGCAUAUCUGCUCCAGAGGUUCAUAUAAAUGCUGUGUCCGGAGGCAAGAAGACGUCAUUCUCACGCAAUCGUGUCUCCCACAGACGAAGUCAUACAUGCUCCUCGACAAAGCCUGUGCACAGUCCCCCUGUCUCGCGUGAGAAGGAUCUUUUUUCAGUUCUCUGCAGAAACCAGACUACCCCAAUAAAUGUUCAUGAUGCCUACGGUGUGUCUUCUCCGAGCAGCAGUAACUCUGGGUCCUACAAGGGCAGCGAUACCAGCCCUACUCUACGACGUACCAUGAGAUAUGCAUCUUGUGGUGAUAACCACAGCAUCAAGCCGCCGUUUCCUGAACAAUAUCUGAUCCCACUUCAGCAGAAGGAAGUCUCUCUACGGCACCUGAAAGCAAAGUUAAAGGAGUCACAGGGCACCCUGGAGGAAAGGGAAACAGAAAUAGAAGACCUAAAAUCUCAGCUCGCUCGCAUGAGAGAAGACUGGAUUGAGGAGGAAUGUCAUCAUGUGGAGGCCCAGCUUGCCUUGAAUGAAGCCCGGAAGGAAAUCCGACAACUAAAGCAGUUCAUUGAGACGAUGAAAAACUGUUUAGCUGAGAAGGAUAAAGGAAUUCAGAAAUAUUUUAUAGACAUUAAUAUUCAGAACCGGAAGUUGGAGACUCUGCUGCGUAGCAUGGAGCUGGCUCAAGAUGGGGCAUUUAGAGAUGACUCGUGUUUGGACUACAUAUGUAACUCUCCAGGGGCGUCUCUUACAGAAAGUGCCAUUUACGAUAAAAUGUUGGAUGCACUUCUAAUGGAAGACCAAGCAAUGGAGGAAAUGGCAGAUUGUGACCUCCUGAAUGAUGAUCUGGCAAACAGAGACUGUUUGUAUGAUGAUGUCGUCAUGGACACCAUGAGUGAUGGAAGUCUGACAAAUUUUAAUUCUACCACAUUGCAGGGCAAGGUCAGCUUUGAAAAGGACAGGGAGAAAUUUAAUUCCAAAUGGGCUCAAGGUUCAAGUUGGAUGGAACAGGCAAUCCAGACCGAUAUUGUUCCUUACAGCCUAGAUCUUGAAAAUCUCAUCCUGAAGAACUUUGAAUCUCAUAAUGACAAGCUGAUUGGUCAUUCUUCUGUUUUGCAGGGGCUCCAAUUGAAGUGUUCUACUAACUUAAUAGAUUUGACCCCCGAUUAUCCAAAUUCUGCCAUACUUCUAUCCCCGGAUUCUCAGAACAAUGCUUCUCUUCUAAUUCCCAUGUCAAACCGUGCUAUGAAAGAACUUGAUUUUGAUGGACCUUCAGUUCAACUGCCAAGUACAGACACAGCACAGACCUGUGUAGCCGAGAAACACUGGAGUGACCAUUUUUUGACCGACCUCCUGGCUGUGGCUGUGCCUGUAAUUCCUUCAGUUUUAUGGGCAUUCACUACCCAAAGAGGAAAUCCUGACCCGGUGUAUAACUUUGGUACGAUGAUGCGAGUUUGUUGUUUGAUGGCUUUACAUACUCUUCGGAAAACCUCAACCAACACUUAUAUUUUAUUCUUGACGUUUUGUAGAACUUUGACCUAUACCAUCGACUGGACAUUGUCCUGUUCUACUACUUAAAGGGGAAACUGUAAAUGAUCUCCCAGUUUUUUUAAUCUCUUAAAAAGGACCCACUACGUUCCUAAUUUUUGUUUUGCUUUCGUUUGGUACUCUCUAUGGCUUGUUCGAUAGAUUCACAACCAAAAAGCUAAAUAUAUAGCUCUGGGAUUUCAGAAAUAUCGAAUACUAUAAAUACUUAUUCAGGUGGGUGUUUUGUACCAGUGACUGUCCAUAUUCUAGACAUAACACCUGGAUCCAUUGUGGGUCUGCUGGAACUGAGCUUAUGGCAGCAUAGCCGUCUGAUUCAGUUCAGUAGGGUUCCUGAUGUUGCAUCCAAACUACAUAUGGUUGAAAGUGUACAAUGCGCUUGUCUGAAUGAGAGUUUUUACAAAUUUGCCAUCUCUGAUGCAACACUGCCAGAAUAUGUUAGUGUGUUACUUCCCCUUUAAUGACAUUUGCUGUGAUGCAUAGAGCACUUACUAAAUUGAAUGAAUUUCAAUUUGGCACUUUUGCACCUAAAAUGGUUUUCAUUUGCACUUUAUCACCUAAUUCACUUUAUGUUUCUUAUUAAAUACAAAAGAAAAAAUAAUUCACUUUAGGUUUCUUAUUAAAUACAAAAGAAAAGUAAAAAUCAUAAAUCACUUUACAUUUCUUACUAAAUGCAAAAG